AUGAGUGAGCUUGAGCUGGACCAGCAGUUUGCUGGUCUAGACCUGAAAUCCUCUGAUAAUCAAAGUGAAGGAGGAAGUACAACAAGCAAAGGGCGUUAUAUACCUCCUCACUUAAGGAACAGAGAAGCAUCUAAAGGAUUAGAUGAUAAAGACCGAUCAGGGUGGAGUUGUAAAGAUAAGGAUGCCUACUGCAGUUUUGGGUCUCGAGAUACAAGAGAAAAGCCCAGUUACUUCAGUGAUCAUGGAAGUAGAUCAAGGGGAAGGUUUGAUGAUCGUGGACAAAGUGGCUAUGAUGGUGUUGGCAGUCGUGUCAGCACUGGCUUUAGCAAAUUUGAAUGCAGUGGACAAAGUCGUUGGGGUGACAGAUCAGAUGAAGAUGAUUGGUCAAAACCACUUCCACCAAGUGAACGCUUGGAGCAGGAACUGUUUUCUGGAAGAAACACUGGGAUUAACUUUGAGAAGUAUGAUGAUAUACCAGUAGAGGCAACUGGAAAUAACUGUCCUCCACAUAUUGAAAGCUUCAGUGAUGUUGAGUUGGGAGAAAUUAUCAUGGGGAACAUUGAGCUUACUUGUUACACUCGUCCAACUCCAGUGCAAAAGCAUGCCAUUCCCAUUAUUAAAGAAAAGAGAGACUUGAUGGCUUGUGCCCAAACAGGCUCUGGAAAAACAGCAGCAUUUCUCUUACCCAUCUUAAGUCAGAUUUAUGGAGAUGGUCCAGGCGAGGCUUUGAGGGCUGUGAAGGAAAUUGGAAGGUAUGGACGCCGUAAACAAUACCCAGUUUCCUUAGUUUUAGCUCCUACAAGAGAACUGGCUGUACAGAUCUAUGAGGAAGCCAGAAAAUUUUCAUACCGGUCUAGAGUUCACCCUUGUGUGGUUUAUGGUGGUGCUGAUAUUGGUCAGCAGAUUCGAGAUUUAGAACGUGGGUGUCACUUGUUAGUUGCCACUCCAGGGCGUCUACUGGAUAUGAUGGAAAGAGGAAAAAUUGGAUUAGACUUCUGCAAAUACUUAGUGUUGGAUGAAGCUGAUAGGAUGCUGGAUAUGGGAUUUGAACCUCAGAUACGUCGUAUAGUUGAACAAGGCAGUAUGCCACGGAAGGGUAUUCGCCACACCAUGAUGUUCAGUGCUACCUUUCCUAAGGGAAUACAGUGGCUUGCUCAUGAUUUCUUGGAUGAUUAUAUCUUGUGGUCUGUAUGCAGUAUGGAGUUAUCAGGAGGACUUUGGCUGCCUCCUGGCUUCAUUCUGUCCUGGUUGGAAAGGCUUUGA